UGGUUACAAUACUCAGCACAUCAGCAACAUCAGCAGAGUCUUAACAUACACUUUAGGUCUAAAAAACUAAGCUUUGACACUAUGCCAGUCUGUUGAUGAGUCUGUGGAAUACACCUUCAGAGAUUCUUCUACAGUAGGUCUGUAAUACUUCAGUUUAAAGUGGCAAAACCUCCAACAUCACUGACGUAAAGAUGAGGGUUUUACGAGUGAAACAUCAGCGCUACAUUACCGCAUUCCUGAGCUCCACUAUCAUCUUGUUACUUCUGUGCUUUCAAAACUCUCUGUUGGUUUUCAACUAUGGUUCUUAUGGUUUUCUAUCUGAGAGCUCUCCAUGUGCUUGCCAUAUCUGUGUGGCAGACAGAGGAAAUAGUAACUGGUUCAGUGAGCGAUACGACCCCAACGUACCAAUUCUGCUCAACAGCAACAACAGUGUAUUGAGUGCAAAUGUCUCCAGGUGGUGGAAGGAGCUACAAUCAAAUGCCGGCAACUACACAGAGGUGAUGGAUCAGUUGUUUUCUCUCUUCCCUGAUGAAGAGCACUACUCAGAUACCGGUCCAGAUCGCUGCAGAACCUGUGCUGUGGUGGGCAACUCUGGGAACCUGCUGGGAUCCAAUUACGGGCCUCUCAUAGAUUUCCAUGACUUUGUCAUAAGGAUGAAUAAAGGCCAGACAGAAGGUUAUGAGAAGGAUGUAGGGUCAAAGACAACUCACCGGAUUGUGUAUCCCGAGAGUGCCAUGGACUUAGACAACUCCACCCAUCUAGUACUUCUUCCAUUUAAGAUUCUGGACAUUCAGUGGCUCAUCAGUGCCUUCACCACUAGACACAUCACACAAACAUAUGUACAAGUGCCGUCUACAAUCAAAGCAAACAAGGAUAAGGUGAUGAUCCUCCACCCAGAAUUCAUAAGAUAUGUCUAUGAUAACUGGGCAGAAAGGCAUGGCAGAUACCCAUCCACUGGUUUCUUAACACUGAUAUUCGCUCUUCACAUCUGUGAUGAGGUGAAUGUGUUUGGGUUUGGAGCUACGAGUGAUGGAAUCUGGCAUCAUUAUUUUGAUAAAACACUGACUUCAUAUGAGAUUGGCGUUCAUGCUGGAAAAUUUGAAAAUGAAACACUGAAUCGGCUCCAACAGGAAAACAAGAUUUUGAUUCACAUGGGUUGGACAUGAAGCAGAAACACUCUCUAGUGCACAAUAUCACAUUGCAUUGCAGUACUGAAUAUUAUGUUUUCUUGAUUUGUGCAGCAAAGACUUUCAGUUGAGAUUCCUAUUCCUAUUCCUUGAGAUCAACUUGCGGCACCAAAUGAAAUUAUGCCAUGGAUAUAUAAUAAUGAGAAGCUUUAAAUUAACUACUAAUUCUUAUAAUAAUUGUAUAAAUGUAUUAAAUGAAUUAUAAACAAUUAUGUAUAAUGUAAAUAUAAACAUGUAGACACAAAAGUCAAGCAAUUUUGUCUCUAAACAUUAUUUGAACGUAAACUACUUUAAUUUGGAGUGAGCGAUAUGGGGGAGUGGCUUCAUUGCAUUAUAUAAGUGAUAAUUUAUUCACAGCUGAUUGGUCUGGUUUGGGUUUGCGAUCUCUAAACCUGAAUAAAACUUUUUCUGUAGCAGGAUAGCAGAGUAGCCAUGUAGCGUAAGUUAUUAUAGUGGCAAAACCUGCUCCAAAGCAGAGGCAAAAGUGUAAUCCGCAAAACAGUCAAUGGUCAGGGCAGGCAGCAAACAAUCAAACAAAAACAAACACACAAAAAAAAAGCAUGUUAACAGUCCAUGGUCAAAGGCCAAACUAGGAACAUGGAAAGAAACACGGAAACUAGGAAUAAAGCUACAAAUAUUCAAUACUUAGCAAUAUGUGUCUGUGUGAGAGCAAUCUUUAUAGUCCUCCUGACAGGAAGCAUAAGGAGUCUGAGAUUGG